AUGUCGACUAUUCGUUCCUCGUUCUGGCGAGGUGGGGUUUGUAACGCACUCAUCUUUCACAAAUCUCAUCUUCCCACAGACCGAACAAAAUGGCAGCCCCUAUUUGCAGCUGCCAUGGGCUCUCCUGAUCCGUACGGCAGGCAACUGAAUGGCAUGGGAGGUGGCGUUUCGUCCCUUUCCAAGGUGUGCGUUGUCUCACCGUCUCCACGAGAUGAUGCAGAUGUGGAUUUUGAAUUCGUCCAAGUGGUCAUCGAUGAUGGCUCACUUGACUUUGCCAGUAAUUGUGGUAAUAUGACCGCUGCCAUUGGGCCAUUUGCUGUGGACGAAGGUCUUCUUAGCGUCCUUAACGACAGACCGGCCUCUGCGGCGAAUUAUACGAACGUACGAAUCUACAAUACCAAUACUAAGAAGAUCAUCAUUGCUUCGUUUCCUAUAAGUGGAAAUACUCCAAAGUUUGUUCCCCAUGGAACUUACCAGAUGGACGGAGUUCCGGACACAGCAUCAAAAAUUACGCUAUCUUUCCAAUCGCCCGGUGGAACACAGACAGGGAAGGUGUUGCCUACUGGUCAAAGUAUAACACUAUUGAACUCUGCAGACAAGAAUGGAAAGAAAAUAAAAGCCUCGCUGCUGGACGUAGCAAAUCCAGGUGUAUACGUUGAUGGCAGCGAUUUUAGCCUCCGGUCGGAUAUUACUCCUGCUGAGUUAGACCAACAAAAGCAUACCUUGGCCUUGUUGGAAGCUGUUCGUCGGGAGGCUGCAGAAUUGAUGGGCAUGAACCCAAACACAGCGAGCGUGCCAAAACUUGUGAUAUUAUUCAAAUCCACAGAUCAAGAGACUUCUGCAGGCGUCAACAUCAAAUGCUUGGUCCUGUCGAUGGGACAAGCGCACAAGGCAAUCCCUCUUACUCUGGCUUUAAAUCUGGGUGUCGCCUGCCGAAUAAAAGGAACCUUGGCUUCUAACCUAGCAAGAAAUUUGAGUCAAGAUCAGGAUAAACAAGUAAUGAUACAGCAUCCUAGUGGGGUAAUAAACGUUGGUGUGGAUAUGGUAGGAGAAGACGUUUUAAGCGCGUCGCUUUGCAGUACCGCAAGACUGUUGAUGAAGGGGGAGGUAAAUGUCGAAUAA